GCCUCUAUAGCCUUGGAGGAGUUCUAUGGCCUUGCGCUGAGCCUGAGCCCUCUCAGAAGUCAAGUUCUAUUGUUUGGACGGCUUUCUAACUUACACAACCUUUACCUGUGUGGCUGCCUCAAGGAAAAAUUUGUGGUAGCCAUUUGACACUUCCCCAGACUGGAAAAAAUACCUGCAUGGCGGAAUAUAAUGUCCAGCGUAGUUGUGGGCUUGUGCCAAAAAGUUCUGCGCACGUCCUGCGUAACAUCCCAUGUGCUGAAUUCAGCGCAUGGCGGCCGCUUAAUUUUUCGGGGCAGGCCGGCCGCAUAAUUUUUCUCUGAAUGGUGGCCACCAUUUUUUUGGCAUGCUGGCCAAGCUAGCAGCAGAUUCACCCUGAGGGGGGCUCUGGAAGGGUUUGGGACGAGAUGUCCCUCACCCCGGGUAUUGCCGUUGAGUGCUCCUAAUCACGAGCCGUCCCAACUUCCCAAGUUCUCAGCGAAGGAGCAGCCGCUCAGGGACACUUCCAUUAUUGUUAAUUAUUAAUUAGUAGGUGUGGAAGCAGGCACCAACAUGAAAGCAAUGAAGAGAGCAAUGAUUGAAGAUGUUGCAGAUUCAGAUGUUUCAGCAAGGGCAAAUUUACCUAAACUUGUCACGUUCGCCAGCAGCGACAACGUGCCCGGGGGCGCCAAGUUCGCCUCGUUUCGUAACACUGAGGACGGCUCCCUGCUGCUGACCGCCAACACUGACCGUCUGAGUUACGUCAACAAAUCGCAGCCCGAACAGCUGAUGCUGGCAGUAGUCAGUAAAUCCACAGGGAAGGCGCGCCUGGUGCCGCUGCAGUCCUUCCACCUAUCCCCGGCCCUGGAGCCCGCGGCGGCCGAGCCGGAGGGUGAAGAGACUCCCCAGUACACCUGGACAGACGUGGGUCGGGCGUUCGGGCUGGCACGCUGGCAGAAGCAGCACCAGCGCAGCACGCGGCUCGACGUGGGCAGCGGGUCCCGAUCGGUGGCCCAGUCGCUAGAGGUAGCCAUGGACCAUGUGAAACCGGCCCAGCCGCCGGCGGAAGGAGACGAAACGCCGGCCGCUCGGGACGGCCAGAUGGAGACGGGGCUGGUGCCGCCGCAGAACUUGGAAGCCACAGAGCCGUCCGAGGUUUAUAACAGAGAGGACGUGGUGCCCGGAUGGCUCUACAAAAGACUGCAGAAUACGGCCGAUAAGUUCGAGGAAGCGCUGAAGAAGCUGGACAGGACCGACGAGUACCUGGUGACCCAAGCGGCGAAAUGGAGGGACUCUGACGAGGACAAGUUCACUCUCACCAUGUACCUGUUCUACAUGGUGCGCCUGCUGCGCAACCUGCAGGACAUGUACGUCACCAAGUCCUGGAAGCGGCUGAUGAUACCGGAGCCGGUGCUGGAGCACCUGCGAGACGCCUUCAUGGAGAGGUCCCACAACGGAUGGGACCGGUCGGAGCGCCUGCUGGACAAACUGGCCUGCCACAUCAUAGUGGUGUCCCUCUGGAUCCACGACUAUACGAUCCGACUGGAGGAUAUCACUGGCAUCACCAGAGUCAAGCUGAAGAAGCUGGUUCAGUACUGCGCUCUGCUCGGUCUGACCGUGUCGUCAGGCGACAGGGCCAUGCUGAAGCUGCCGCUGAAGGUGAAGGCGCCGCCAGUGACUUCGCGACGUACCAAGAGGGUAGCGGCCAUGUGAAAGAAGCGCCGAGCAUUUCGCGGUAGGUCCGCAGGUUGAAUGACACCUCUGGAGUCCCGGUGAAUAUUGGGACGCCGUGAUAAUGUUAUGUCAGUGGAACUCGAGAGGCCCAUAACGAGGGUUUUUGACGAAGUGUGCGUUUUUUUUUGUAGGUAGGUAUCUAAAUUUAUUACUGCACUUACCUGCAUUUGAAACGGAUCAAGACGAUCAUGAUUACGGCAUCACCAUGAAGCUGUCGUCUACUCAAUCGGUGGCUGUUGCGCGGCUCGUCCGCCGUCCCGGCGUGCACUGACAGUUUUUGGCGCACUGACUGUGGUGGCUGCGGCAUGGGCAGCGCAGCCGCUUGCACAUGCCCUCGCAGUUAUAGCGCGACGUGUUUCGCAAGCUAUGUGAACUGGUUGCCCAUGAUGCGUUCAGGAUUACAUGUGUCUGUACAUAUUUCGAGAAUGUUCCGAGCGUCAACCCGUUGGCAUGGAAAAAGGUGUCUACUCCUGGUUCAUAAACGAUAUUGUUAGGUCGACAGAAAUACCACGACGCCGGCUAGUGUUACUCCACCGGAAAGAAGUCAGUCCGCCUUUAAGUGCCAUCUGCGAGCGGGGAGACUUGUGUGCAGUCAUUCGAUCUAUCCCCUGGAGCACUCAGUUGUCUGACCGGCCACUUGGCCGAUUCUCAGUACCUACUCUCAAUCGUCAGACCGACACGAUCAUUGGCGGUGCGGUAAAGGCUGGAGUCGCCUGGUGGAAUAAGCUGCGGGCUCUGUGCGUCCAUAGUUAGCGUCGAAGUCUAAAGAUCAGUGUCUUCUGCCGGUCUGUCUAAGCUGCCUGGUUCAACGACCGCGCGUUUUUCGUAUUCCGCCGUCUGGGGCUAUUGGCUGUGGCUGUGCAGUGUUGUUUUUGUGGUGUGUCUGGGUGUUUCUUGCCUGGGGUCCGAAAAUGCUGAAAUACGAUUUCUAUGAAACUU